AGGUGUGGCGUUCGAUUUUCGCUUAGCUGACAAGUGGUAGAAAUAUUUUCGAGAGGUUACGACGCCAUUAUAACCAUAUAUUCUGAUUUAGUGCUCUAAGUGUCAUUUAGCUGCUAGAUCAGAGGUGGAAUACAUAAAAAAAAUAUUCACAUUUGUGUUUGUAUUGUGUUUGCAUUGUACAGCCUCUGUAGAAAGGACUGAGGGAGGCCUGCUCGCCAUCCGAAGUCACAAUGAGACUGAAAGAGAGCAAAGAGGCCUUCCAAAUUCACAGGCUUGCGAAAUCGAGGAGGUUCUUAGGAAUACUGUUCGUCGUUGGGAUGAUCUACGGUUUUGUCUCUUAUGAUCUCGUCCAUAAGAAGAAGCAACGCCAAGGAAGGCUCGAAGUGCACCUCGACUCGACUUCGAGUAAUGCUUCUCAUCUGUCCUCCUUCGAGCAGAACUACAUCAUGCAAGGAAAUGUCAGCUGGAGUGGGGAACUUCAGUGCCCAUCCCAAGGGACUGAAAUCGGCUCUUCUUUCUUACGGCUCAAGAACUUCAUGGAGGAUGGAGAAUGGAGGGAAGAAGGUGCCUUCAACAUCUUCCUGACUGAGACAUCGUGCAGUUCGAGGCCGAACUACCGUGCCUGGUGCAGCGUAGAGAGCAUGGCUCACGAAAACCCCGAGGGGCUAGUAUGGUACGUGAUGACGUCACCAGAAGUCGACCUUCAAGACGGCCUGGUGAAGCAACUUCUCGGUAGACACAAGAACUUGAGACUCGUCACCGCGAACUUGAGUGAGAUAUUCGACGGGACGCCCCUCCAGGAACUCUACCAUUCGGGAGCCUGGAAUUCCGAUACCAAAUGGCCAGCAGCUAAUCUGAGUGACAUGCUGCGCUUGGCCAUCGUGUGGCUGGCUGGAGGCUUCUACAGUGACACUGACGUCAUCUGCAUCUCUCCACUGACUGGACUGCGGAACGUCAUAGGAUUGGCCGAGUACAAUUUGGUCAACGGGGCUAACUUCCACUUCGACAGACACCACCCCAUGCUGGAGUACUUCAUGGUCCAUCUCAAUGACCAUUUUAAUCCCUACGUCUGGGGAGAGAAUGGCCCUCGGACAGUGUCAGCAGUCCUCAGAGACGUCUGCAAAGAAGAUGUCCUUUUCCAGGAUCUGGAAUGCGAAGGAGUGCGAAUCCUGUCCCACGCGGCUUUCAAUCCAGUUCAGCCAAAUGGCAGAGUGCUGCUGUUUCAGAGGACCCAGGAGAAGAAUAUAAGAAAGAGGUUCCCGUACUCUUACGCAAUCCACUUCUGGAACAGAAUGACUCACAGUCAACCGGUUUUCAAGAACACGGAUUCAGUCUACGAUCUCGCUGCCGCGUCGUUCUGUCCAAUAAGCAGACGAGCGGCGACACAAAAUUCACCCUAUUACUGAGUCUGUGUAUCUCAUGUUUACUACAUGUGACCAACAAUUAAAUCUGUUUACUACAAGUGACCAGCAAAUAAAUCUGUUUACUACAAGAGACCAGCAAAUAAAUCUGUUUACUACAUGUUACCAACAAUUAAAUCUGUUUACUACAAGUUACCAACAUAUAAAUCUGUUUACUACAUGUUACGAACAAUUAAAUCUGUUUACUACAAGUUACCAACAUAUAAAUCUGUUUACUA